AUGUCCUUCUUAGAAGAUAUAAGAUUUUAUGUUCAUCUCUUCAACAUCUUGGAAUUCACCGUGUCCAUGACAUGCCUCGUGUUUGAAUCAAUCUUCAUUAACGCCUUCUUGAUAUACAAUCCUAAUGUUGAUUCUUCGUCUUACUAUAACGUAUUGACCAAGCCUGGAUAUCAAUGUUUCUUUGGCACAGCCAUACUCGUCAGUUUACUAAUAAGUGGAUUUUACGGACUGGGAUUCAGAAGAAGGCUUAAUAAUACACCGAGCAAAUGGGAUAUCGGCAUUCAAAUAUUUCUUUUUUCUCUCUGGAUUUCGUAUGGCUCAACAAAAUCUGCAUUUUUCCAACUUUUAGAGUUAUCGGAGCUCUCACAACCCAUCUCACUAAAUAUCACCGAUCCGACAUAUAGAUACGGAUUAAAUGUGUUUGCGCGUAUAGGCUACUCCUGCUAUGUCGCCACAAUCUGUCUAGGUUUUGGAAAUGCCAUAUUUUACGUGAUAUCCGCGGUGUUGGUGUUCCAUUGGAGGAAGAACAUGUAUAGUUCUGUCGAUAAGGAUGAUGUUGUCGAUAAGGAUGAAGUUCAAAGUGUUGUCGAUAAGGACGAAAUUCCAAACGCUAGUACCAUCGACCGAGAUCAUUAA